CAAACGUUACAAAAGUCAAUUGGGUUCCCACGAAACGGUGGGUCCAUCGUGACCAGGAGAAUCAAAAAGAAGAUGGGAAAAAGCUGGUUGACAUGUGUCUCGGUCUCGUGUUUAUCAUCAGGAAAAGACAAAAAACAUCAAAAACAAGAGAAAGAGAAGAAGAAAUGGUCUGGGAAACAAAAUAGUAGAGAAUCCAUUGAAUUCUCUGAGGAGAGGACUUCUUCGAUUGAUCCUUCAUCUUCAUCUGUAACUCGGCCGUCUCCUUAUCCUCCUCCCUUGCCGGAUUUCGCUCCUCAGGCGUUGUUGCCACCACCGUCCCCACCUCCUCAGGCGUUGUUGCCACCACCGUCCCCACCUCCUCCUCCUCUGCAUCCUUUUCCGGUAUCUGCCAGCAAUGAAGGAGGAUAUGGUGGUUCCAACGAAGCAAAGACUAGACAAGCUCUGGCUCUUGCAUCGGCUGUUGCAGCCGAAGCAGCUGUGGUGGCUGCGCAUGCUGCCGCGGAGGUUGUACGUCUCACGAAUACGACAUCCACACAUCAAGUCAGGGAAACAAAGGAGGAGGCUGCCGCAAUCAAGAUCCAAAAUGCGUACAGAUGUUACAAGGCGAGUCGAACUCUACGCAUGCUGCGAGGAAUGGCGAGACUCAAGACACUUCUGCAAGGAAAAUACGUCAAAAGACAGAUGAACGCGAUGCUUAGCUCAAUGCAGACACUUACACGUUUACAGGCACAGAUUCAAGAGAGGAGGAAUCGGUUAUUUGAAGAGAACAAAGCUCGUCAGAGGCUGAUUCAGCAGAAGGGUCACCAAAAAGAACAACACAAAGAUCAGAGUUUGAUUAUCGCUGGAGAUUUUGAUUCCACCAAUAAAUCAAAGGAACAAAUCAAAGCAAAGUUUGUUAAUCAAAAAGAAGCUUCUGUAAGACGUGAAAGGGCCUUGGCGUAUGCUUAUAGUCAUCAGCAAACGUGGAGAAGCUCUUCAAAACUUCCACACCAGACUCUGAUGGACGCAAACACUCCGCAUUGGGGUUGGAGUUGGCUUGAGCGGUGGAUGGCUUCUCGUCCGUGGGAUCCUCAAUCCAACGACGGUCAAGCCUCCUUCAAAAACUCUCUCAAACCCGAAACCUCCAUCAAGACUUCUCCAGCGAGAUCUAAACCACUAAAUUUAGCUAGCCAAAAAGCUAUCCAGUUGCCAACAAACAAUGAUUCCAAGGGCAUGAAGAGAGAAGGAACUAACCACAUGCACAGGCACAGCAUCGGUGGUGGGUCAUCUACAAAUGUCAAAGAUGAUGAGAGCGUUGGUAGCUCUUUGUCACGCAGAAGUUCCUUUGGUAAUGCCGAAUCCAAGGCUAGUGGAGAAACAACAAGCAACUUGAGUAACAACCCACAACCGUUGAAGAAAUCCAAGGCUAGUGGAGAAACAACAAAAAACAUGGUUAAUGCGCAAGCUAUGAAAUCAAAAGCUAGUGCGGGAACAACGUCUAACUUGGCUAGCACGCAAGCUGUGAAAUCAAAAGCUAUUGCGGGAACAACGUCUAGCUUAGCUGGCACGCAAGCUGUGAAAUCAAAAGCUAGUGCGGGAACAACGUCUAACUUGGCUAGCACGCAAGCUUUGAAAUCCAAGGUUAAUGUCGGAUCAACUAGCAACUUGGGCUUGCAAAAGAAGAAGGUUGACGCUGAUAAAAGUAAACCUCCGCAAAUGGUACUGCCAAAGAAGAGGCUCUCGUCUUCUACUUCUCUUGGGUCAGGGACGAAGGUGUCCGAUUCAGACAAAGCAACAACAGGCGCUGCAAAUGGAGAGAAAAAGAAAAGAAACGGUGGUAGCCGUUAACGUAAUAAAGUUAUAGCCUUUCUAGACCAAGAAGUUGCGUUGAUGGCAGUUUGAUAUAAUUAGCAUCUCAAUACAAGCAAGAGGGAGAAAGGGUCUGUAUUUUCCGUUGUUUUCUUUGAGUGUGAGUGAGAGAAUAAAUUACUACUGUCCGUUUGGCUUUUAUCUGUUUAAUUCUUUUCUCUAUUUUCUUUUAGUAUAAAUCAUCUAUUUCCCGUCGGUUUUUGUUUAGUUAUAUUAUGAACAUGUUUAAGUGAAAAAAUUAUAGUUUGAUUGGUUUUUAA